CCCAAGGUAACAUCCGUUGCCCUAGCGAUUUUCAAGUCGAAUUGUUCUGGGAUCGCUAGAAUCGUUCGAAUCUGACAAAGUAGGCUUCGUUAACGUCUCACCUUCAAUUCGACCCAGACCACUACAAAUAAAGCAGCAACUUGUUAGGUGGUAAAGGAUAGCUAUGCAGACUCUGCAGGGCCAGCGGGCCUUCACUGCUGCUCGGCAAUGCCGAGCGCUCCGUCAGCGCCGUGGGCCGGCGCUGGUAGUGCGUGCUUCCGUGGCCACCACCCCAACAACCAAAAGUGCAAAGAAGCCGAACUUUCCAUUCAUUAAGAUCCAAGGCCAGGAAGAGAUGAAGCUGGCGCUUAUGCUUAACGUCGUGGACCCAAACAUUGGCGGUGUGCUUGUCAUGGGCGACCGCGGCACAGGCAAAUCUGUCGCUGUUCGCGCCCUGGUUGACCUGCUUCCCGAAAUCGACGUGGUUGAGGGCGACCCCUUCAACUCCUCGCCCACCGACCCCAAGCUCAUGGGGCCCGACGCGCUGGAGCGCUGGCGCCGCGGCGAGAAGCUGCCUGCCACCAAGAUGCGCACCCCGCUGGUUGAGCUGCCCCUGGGAGCCACCGAGGACCGCAUCUGCGGCACCAUCGACAUCGAGAAGGCGCUCACGCAGGGCGUCAAGGCGUACGAGCCGGGACUGCUGGCCAAGGCCAACCGCGGCAUCCUCUACGUGGACGAGGUGAACCUGCUGGACGACGGUCUGGUUGACGUGGUGCUGGACUCCGCCGCCUCGGGGGUCAACACGGUGGAGCGCGAGGGCAUCAGCGUGGUGCACCCCGCCAAGUUCAUCAUGAUCGGCAGUGGCAACCCAGCGGAGGGGGAGCUGCGGCCGCAGCUGCUGGACCGCUUCGGCAUGAGUGUGAAUGUGGGCACGCUGCAGGACACGCAGCAGCGCACGCAGAUGGUGCUGGACAGGAUGGCGUACGACACCGACCCCGACGCCUUCGUGUCCGGCUGCCUGGCUGAGCAGCGCGAGCUGACGGGGCGGCUGGCGGCGGCACGGGAGCGGCUGAGCCGGGUGCGCAUCAGCGACGAGCUGCAGGUCCUCAUCUCCGACAUCUGCUCCCGAUUGGAUGUGGACGGGCUGCGCGGCGACAUCGUGAUCAACCGGGCGGCCAAGGCGCUGGUGGCGUACGAGGGGCGGGCGGAGGUGACGGUGAAGGACGUGGAGCGGGUCAUCAGCAGCUGCCUCAACCACAGGUUGCGCAAGGACCCGCUGGACCCCAUCGACAACGGCACCAAGGUGGCGCUGCUGUUCCGGCGGCUGACCGACCCGGAGGUGAUGCGGCGCGAGGAGGAGGCGAAGCGCCGGGCGGAGGAGGCGGCGGCCAAGAGGGCCAAGGAGGGCGGCUCGGCGAGGCCGACGGGGGCUAAGGCGGGGGCGUGGU